UCACUGGGGCGGGGCGUACGGUCUUCUCGCCACUAAGAUCUCGUUAAGGGAGGGCUCCCGAGCCUUCCAAUACGGGACGUGGGCGAGCUGUAGUUCUCCCAAUCCGUGCACUGCGCUGGCAAUUCAAACUGACAGAGGGUUGGAAAGGCAGAGACAGCGGAAGAGGGCGUGAAAAACGACGUGUUCGGUGACAGAGACCCUAACGCCGACUGAACCCCCACAGCGACUUCGAUUCCGCCCCACCAACACCACCGCGCGCUCCGGAGCGGAAGGCGGGAUUCACGAGGGAGAGUUAAGGGGAGGGGGACGCGAGAGAAACAGGCUGUGAGCCAGCGCGCGCGGGCUGGGGGCUGCUAGGAGAGAAGCGAAGCAGGGCCGGCGAGCGAGCGGAGCUGAGGAGAGUCGCGGAAGGACUGAGGAGAAGCAGGGAUCGUCCCGGUGGGAAGAGCUGAGGGGAUUUCUGAAUCUUGGGAAGAGAAAGAUUUCCAAAGAGGAGACGUGGGUAGGGGACGCUUAGCCCGCGAUCCGACAGAGAGGAAUUAGAACUCUCCGGGGGAGGGGCUUAGGAGAGGAGAAGCUUUAAAUAAGAGAUUGUACUGGAGAAGCUACUGGAAUUGCUAAAGGGGCGGGAGCUAGAGUAGAGGAUCUUUUUAGACCGGAGGAAGGGAAAAUAGAGGAAUUCCGGAGGACUCUUGCAGCUUGGCCUCUCCCCACUUCAAACUCCACUCCCUUCCCUGAAAGUUAAAAGGAAAGCCAAAAUUGCUGUUUCUCUCCUGUUUCUACUCAAUAAAUAUUACUUUCACCAUCCCACGAGAAAACAGAACAGAACUCAUUUCCUUCCCGAUUUCAGGGUUUAGAAAAGCUCGAGACCUCGCAAUUUAAUUUGUAGCCUGAGGGAAUCAAACUAGGAAGAGUCUUGCUCUUGUUUCCAUUUUCAAAAUCCCACACCUCAUCCUUCCCGGGACGCCAUGUCUACCAGCAGUUGUAGUUUCAAGGACCGGUGCGUGUCCAUGCUGUGUUGCAAAUUCUGUAAACAAGUGCUCAGCUCUAGGGGAAUGAAGGCUGUUUUGCUGGCUGAUACUGAAAUAGACCUUUUCUCCACAGACAUCCCUCCUACCAACACAGUGGACUUAAUUGGAAGAUGCUAUUUCACUGAAAUCUGCAAAUGUAAACUGAAGGACAUCGCAUGUUUAAAAUGUGGGAACAUCGUAGGUUAUCAUGUGAUUGUUCCAUGUUGUUCCUGCCUUCUUUCCUGUAACAAUGGACACUUCUGGAUGUUUCACAGCCAGGCAGUUUAUGGUAUUAACAGACUAGACUCUACUGGUGUUAACUUCCUACUUUGGGGCAACUUGCCAGAGAUAGAAGAGAGUACAGAUGAAGAUGGGUCAGAUAUAUCAGCAGAGGAGUGUAUUAGAUGAAUAUAGAAUUAUGACAGAUAUAAUACUCAAACUUUUUCUGAUUUAAAAUGUAUAUUAAUGGAUCAACUUUAAAAUUGUUAGUAAGGAUUUACCAGUGAUUUCUUUUUUUGGAAACAAAAAUGGGGCAUUUUUUGAUUUAUUUAUUUGCUGUCUUAAAUUAAUUACCUGAGUUUAAUUUGAGCCAAUGUAGUUUUUUUCUUCUAUUUCUACUUCUUCUUCUUCCUUUCUCUGUCCCUCUGCCCGGUACAGGUGUGUUCUUAAAUUCAGAUAGAAGAAGAUUCUUUCAUGUGUCACUCAGCUACCUACCUCCCAAUCUGGUGAAGUUUUUCUUACAACUAGAUGCCAGAUACCAUUAUUUUACAUUCGGGAAAAGGGGCAUUAGUACCCACACAUAUAUCAACAAUGCAUAUAUACAUGCAUAAAUCCAUGCAUACAACCAUGCAUACGUAUGGGAAUCUCAACUUGGAAUUAAAGCUUCCAAGUUGAAGGGAAUCUUUAAAAACAGACUAUUAGGUUUCCAUGAAUACUGCUUAUCAUGUUACAUCCGUGAUAACUACUUUAACAUGGAACAAGACUGUGAAUCAUUAAAUAGAAUAAAUUUUGAAAUGUAUAGAGAAAUUCUCUUCAUUCCUCAACAUGAUGUUAGAUAAAUGAAUUUGUCAGAAAAUUAUCAAUGUGUACUGUUUACCAAUAUUAUUCAUUUAAAUUCUUCUAAAGUCAUACAGAUAACUGUGUUAUGAAAGCCAGAUAAACUAAACCUCUGUCUUUAAGUCAUCCCAUUCUCUCAGGCUUUCUCCGUAAAUAGCCAAUUUUAGAUGAGUAAUCUCAGUUCCAGCCCUUAAAUAGGAAAAACAACAACAACAACAACAAAAAAAACUAAAGAAGUGGUUUGUUUAAGCCAUUGUACAUUAUAAAGAGAGUUUGUUCUUUUUUUUAAGCUGCAUUCAGAGCCACAUGGGAUAGGAAACUGGGAUAAUGGUGGAUUCUGGUUUUAUGUGUAGCUAAAAUCAAUGUAUCGCCUUAACU